AUGACUAAUUCAACAGCAAUUGAUGAUAUAGAUAGUAUUAAUUCUAAUCAUCAUCAUGUAUAUUCUUAUUUAUCACCAUCAUCAUCUUCUUCAGAUGAUACAAAUCCACAUUCUCCUAUAUCAUUAUGUGAUGAUGAACAACAAAAUUCAAAAGAGAAAUCAUUAAACACACAACAACAACAUGCUGCUAAACCACCUUAUUCUUAUAUUGCAUUAAUAACAAUGGCUAUAUUACAAUCACCAUCACAUCGUUUAACAUUAAGUGGUAUAUGUGAAUUUAUAAUGAAUCGUUUUCCGUAUUACAGAGAACGUUUUCCUGCAUGGCAAAAUUCAAUUCGUCAUAAUUUAAGUUUAAAUGAUUGUUUUUUAAAAGUUCCACGUUCACCAGGAAAUCCAGGUAAAGGAAAUUAUUGGACAUUAGAUCCAGCAAGUAAAAAUAUGUUUGAUAAUGGUUCAUUUUUACGUCGUCGUAAACGUUUUAAACGUUUAAAUCAACAACAUUCAGCAUUUUUUCAACAUGGAUUACCAUCAUUUCCUCUCAUACCGUUUCCAUUGAAUUCAACAAAACAUUUUUUCCCAUUAGUACCAUCAAUUUCAUCAUCAUCAUCAUCAACAUCACAUAUUUCAACGUCAUUUACAAUAGAUAAUCUUAUUGGAACUAAUAGAAAUAUUUAA